AUGUCGGACGGCAACACCGUUGUAUUUCCGCGUAAAUUACUCAAAGCAUUUAUCCUACUAUACAAAGAUCAACCUUGUCUGUGGGAUAAAGACUGUAUUUCUUACAAAGUGAAGCAAAAACGACAUGAUGCAGUGACAAAAUUAACGAAGCUCGUACAAGAGUUCGAUCCGAGCGCAACGCGAGUGCAUGUAUUGAGAAAGAUAGAGAGUUUACGCGCAUGUGUGCGACGAGAAUACAAAAAGGUAGUGGAAAGCCGGCGUACAGCUGCCAACGACGAUGAAGUGUACACUCCACAGCUGUGGUACUAUGAUUUGUUCUCCUUCAUAUUCACUGACGAGGAAAAUGAACUGAAUACAUUUAAAACUAAGGAACAGUCGCCGGACACAAACGCGGAUUCAGAAGAAGAUGGAGACGAGGACGAAGAACACCCUUUCGAGACAAGCAUGGAGCACAAUUACACAGAAUACAAUUCGAGCAAUAUGGUAGAGAUGCCAGAGAAUUCGAACAAGAGAUUUAAUAACUUUGAAGAAGAAAAGAGUAAGCGGCAUUGUACAGAAAUUGAAGAUGAAUAUGACGCGAUAGGUAUAAACGUAGCAGCGAAACUCCGCAACCUUCCAUCCAACACGAGGAUAUUGGCGGAGAAACUUAUCAACGAUGUACUGUUCCAAGCGCAAACAAACGCUCUGACCACAGCAACCAUCAUCAGUACUCCGGACCCGUUCAAGUGA